AUGGGUGGUCGAAUUGAUAAACAAAUAAAUUCUGGAUCAUCUCCGCCAAUCUUUCGCUUGAACGGUCAGAAUUUUCAUUUGAUGGGGAGAUUAUUACCCAUUGGAGGUAAUUCAGCCAAAUUCGCACAGCUAUACAUUCAUGACUAUGAAAAUGAAGUUAUGAAUAGAAUUAGUGUUGUCAGGAAUGAAAGUGAUGUACAAGAUUUACACCCUCAAAUUGUUGCUGAUAUCCAAGCUAUUUUAGAUUAUUGCAAUGUUUUGGUUAAGUCAUUUCGAAUGGCGAAAGAAGCAAUCCAGUCAAAUCCAAGAGUAGAAGUUAAAAUGAAGUUGAUUGGGAAGCGUAGCAGAGAUGCCCGUACAUAUAAUUUGCCCACAGUCUCUGAAGUUGCUGCACUUAUUGUUGGGGACUUGGAUGCGCAUCUCGUUGAAAAUGGAUCUAGACAACGUAUUUCACCUCGCGAGUAUCUUACUUUUUGUAUUCAUGAGCGUUUAUCAGAAGUUUCAACAAUUUUAUAUGCUCGGAGAUUAUUUCAACAAUUUCUGGUCGAUGGUUACACCAUGGUUGAAGCUGGUCGAUUAUUGUAUAUUCGCACCAAUCAAAAAUCUUUAAGGUGUGGAGCUUAUCAGGGAUUGUCUGAUGCAUUAACACGAGGUGAUGUUGAGCCCGAUCGUCAUGGUAAACGAGUUAUUCUUCCUUCUAGCUUUAAUGGUGGGGCUAGGUAUAUGAUUCAAAACUAUCAAGAUGCCUUGGUGAUUUGUGGAUGGAUUGGUUAUCCUAAUUUAUUUAUUACAUUUACAUGUAAUCCAAAGUGGCCUGAAAUAGAGAGGUAUUUGGGAGAGCGACAUUUGAGUGCUGUCGAUCGACCUGAUAUCAUAUGUCGCUUAUUUAAAAUGAAAUUGGAUGCGUUGAUUAGGGAGAUCCAUUCUGGAUUAGUUUUUGGUAAUGUAACUGCAGUUAUUUAUACUGUUGAGUUCCAAAAAAGAGGACUUCCGCAUGCCCAUAUAUUGAUAUUUCUGGGCCAAGAAGAUGGUCAAGCUUUAUGUCAAAAUAUUGAUACUAUCAUUUCAGCUGAAAUUCCAAAUAAGGAAGUAGAUAGUGAGUAUUAUAAGGUUGUUGAGGAGUUUAUGAUUCACGGUCUUUGUGGUCAUCUUAGGAAGAAUUCUCCGUGUAUGGUCAAUGGUCGUUGUUCUAAACAUUUUCCAAAGAAGUUUGUAGACUCUUCAAAUUUUGAUCAAGAUGGUUAUCCUAUUUACAGACGAAGAGAUGAUGGAAGAGAAGGUCAAGUUGUAGAUGAGAUAUCUAUGUUCUAUGAUUGUCGUUACAUAUCUGCUUGCGAAGGAACAUGGCGUUUAUUCGGAUUUGACAUUCAAUUCAGAGUUCCUGCAGUUGAGAGGUUGAGUUUCCAUUUGCCUAAUCAACAAUUAGUUGUUUAUGGCGAUGAUGAUGAUUGUGUUGAUAAUAUUUUGAGUCGCCCGAGUGUUGGAGAAAGUAUGUUUUUAGCUUGGUUUGAAGCUAAAAAAAAGUUUGCAGAAGCUAAAGAGUUAACUUAUGGUCAGAUGCCCAACAAAUUUGUUUGGAAAAAGGAUGUUAGAGAGUGGCAUCUUAGACGUAAGGGGUUUGCUAUUGGACGUAUGUUCUUUGUUCCGCCAGGUUCUGGUGAAAUUUAUUAUCUAAGGUGUUUGUUGAACUUGGUUCGUGGUGAAACAUGUUAUGAAGAUCUUUGUAUUGUUGAGGGGGUGCAAUAUAGUUCAUUUCGAGAUGCAUGUUGUGCCCGUGGUUUAUUAGCAGAUGACAAGGAAUAUGUUGAUGCGAUUAAUGAAACAAGUAAAUGGGCAUCUGCAACUUCUAUGAGGAGACUAUUUGUGACUAUGCUUACUUCAAACGUUCUUAUUCGACCAGAAGUUUUGUUAGAUGAAGAAUUGUUAUAUGAUUGUGAUGCUCUUAAAGUUGAACAUGAUAAUUUGGUAGAGAAAUUGACAGAUGAACAGAGACAUGUCUAUGACAUAGUUCUUAGUGAUGUUGCGAAUGCUGGGGGUGGUUUGUUUUUUGUUUAUGGGUACGGAGGAACUGGUAAAACCUUUGUUUGGAAAACAUUAUCAGCUGCUCUGCGUUUUGAAGGUCACAUCGUCUUAAAUGUUGCCUCGAGUGGUAUUGCUUCUCUACUUUUGCCAGGUGGUCGAACUGCUCAUUCCCGAUUUGCUAUACCUAUUAAUAUAACUGAAGAUUCUACAUGUAACAUCUCUCAAGGGAAUGACUUGGCUAAUCUAAUUAUAAACUCCAAACUUAUUAUUUUGGAUGAAGCCCCGAUGAUGCAUAAACAUUGCUUUGAGGCUUUAGACCGAACCAUGAGAGAUUUAUUACGGUUUGUGAAUCCUUUGAGUACAGAAAUGACAUUUGGAGGAAAAACAGUGGUUCUUGGUGGUGAUUUUCGACAAAUACUGCCUGUGAUUCCUAAGGGAACAAGAAAAGAUAUUGUUGGAGCAAGCAUCAAUUCAUCUUAUCUCUGGCAAAAUUGUAAGGUGCUAAGAUUGACUAAGAAUUUGAGAUUACAAAGAUUGGGAAAUGAUGACAGUGCUGAAGAUAUCAAUUCAUUUUCAAAGUGGAUAGCUGGUAUAGGUGAUGGUUUGAUUGGUGGACCAAAUGAUGGGUGUGCAGUAAUAAAUAUUCCGGAACAAAAUGUAUUCCGGCCACAUCGAGAUUCGAUAUCAGCCAUAGUAAAUAGUACGUUCCCGGAAUUUUGCUCAGCUAUUAUAACUUAUUUCAGUUCUGAUUCUGUUUGUCAAUCAAAUUCUGGUGUCGACACUUUAGCUGGUUUACAUACUACAGAGUUUCUUAACACGUUGAAAUGCUUGGGUAUUCCAAAUCAUUGUCUUAUGUUGCAAGUUGGAUCUCCAGUUAUGUUGUUGCGAAACAUUGACUACACUCUUAGCUUGUGUAAUGGUAUGAGAUUAGACAUUACUAAAUUGGGAGAUCAUGUUGUUGAAGCGAAAGUGAUGUCAGGAAGUUGUAUGGGUACACGAGUUUUAAUUCCAAGAUUGUUGACACCGUCUGAUCCUCGAUUGCCAUUUAAGUUCCAAAGGAGGUAG